AUGGACAGGGAUAUGGAAUCGCUCUUGGUAGUACAGGCCAACCUGCAAAGAAAAGACGCGGCCACCACAGAAUUAAUAAUGGAGGGACUAAGGAGAAAGGCAUCAGUGGCGUUGGUACAGGAACCGUACGUGGGGAAGGAAGGUAAAAUGAAGAUCUACGGAAGCAUCAGAAUCUUCCAGUUCGUAGGUAAAGCAGAGAAGGUGGUCAAGGCUGCUAUCGUGUUAUUUGACUCAAAUACCGAUGCAACACUUUGUCCAGACCUCACCACACCAAAUAUCGUCGUGGUAAAAGCAAAAACCUACGAGCAGGACGUGCAUCUCGUUUCGUUUUACUUUGAGCCUACACCCACACCCAUUGAGCCUUACCUGAACGACCUCCGGAAGAUCUGGAACUCGGUGGGCCCAAACGUCAUCUUUGCAGGAGACGCUAACGCCAAGAGCAACCUCUGGGGGGGCAGGAUUACGGAUAGGAGGGGGGAAAGCUUAAUGGGAUUGGUUGUGGAAAAUGCGAAUGAAGGCGAAACGCCUACAUUCGACACAUACAGAGGAGGAAAGAGCUACAGUAGCUUUGUCGACGUCACAUUCUACUCCGCCAACCUUUUAGGAUUGGUGGACGAAUGGAAAGUCGAGGAGGCUCUGACCAGCUCGGACCACAACGCCAUCCUGUUCAAAAUAAGAGGAACAAAAUUGAAAGGAAUAACGAUAGAAAGGACCACGCGGAUAUACAAAACGGAGAAGGCGCACUGGACUGAUUUUCGUGAGAAAAUCGGCCAGAUGCUAGAAAGGAAAAGUAUAAGCGCGGAGAUCCUAGACAACAUAAGAACAGAAGAGGAGCUGGAUAAGGUGAUCGAGGAGUACAGAGAAACGAUAAAGGAAGUAUGCGAGGAAAGCCUACCGAAACUAAAAAAGACAAGGAAACUUACCGUACCGUGGUGGACCCGGGAACUGACAGCACUGAAGAAACAGAUGAAGACCAAGAAGAGAAGAAUAAGAUGCGCAGCACCAACCAGAAGACCGCACGUAGUCGAAGAUUACCUGGAAACAAAAGAAAAAUAUGAAGUAAGUAUCAAGGAAGCGAAGUUGAGAAGUUGGAAGGAGUUUUGUGGUAAACAAGACAGGGAAGGGAUGUGGGAAGGGAUAUAUAGAGUAAUAAAACGAACAGAAAUCAGGAGAGAGGAUGUACCCUUAAUAAAAGAAGGACAGGUGCUGGGAAUGCGGGAAUCGGCGGAGCUGUUGACCAAAACCUUUUACCCGGACGAUGACGAAGACAAAGACCAGCCGGUGCACAAGGAGAUCAGGGCCAAGGCUUUGGGCGUAAACGAGGAACUUGGCGACAAUCCCCUCGAGCCCCCGUUUACAGAACACGAAUUGGACAGGGUCUUGAGCUCCUUCAACCCGAAAAAGGCACCGGGACGCGACGGACUUUUUUUGGACAUUUGUAGGGAGGCAAUUAUGGUCGACCCGACACUCUUCCUCGCGCUCACAAACAAGUGCCUAGCCAUGGGACACUUCCCCACCAUCUGGAAGGAGGCCACAGUGGUGAUUCUCCGGAAGCCGGGCAGGACAGAAUACACGACCCCGAAGGCUUACCGACCGAUCGGCCUUCUUCCAGUGAUGGGGAAGAUCGUGGAGAAACUUUUAGUGGCAAGAGCCAGCUGGCACAUAGUGCCAUACCUGAGCGCGAGGCAGUACGGCUUUAUGCCGCAGCGCGGAACCGAGGACGCCCUCUAUGACCUGCUGAGCAACAUAAAAGCCCGCAUCGCCGAGAAAAAGAUUGCGGUGCUGGUCUCACUGGACAUAGAGGGCGCCUUCGACAGCGCUUGGUGGCCGGCCAUAAAAUGCAGACUGGCGGAGGCGGGCUGCCCGACAAACUUGCGUAGAGUCUUCGACAGUUACCUCAAAGACAGAAAAGUCAGACUAAGAUACGGGGGAUGUGAGACGGAAAGAAAGUGUUCAAAAGGUUGCGUGCAAGGAUCUAUAGGGGGUCCAAUACUAUGGAACCUGUUAUUGGAUCCCCUAUUGAAAGGCCUAGAAAAGAAGGGAGUCUGCGCGCAAGCGUUCGCGGACGAUGUAGUCCUGCUCUUUGACGGCCAUACUGCCAGCGAAAUUGAAGGGCAGGCCAAUGCAGCCCUCUCCUAUGUCCAGGGGUGGGGUGUCAUGAACAAGCUGAAAUUCGCACAGCACAAAACUAAAGCUUUGGUUGUGACGAAAAAGCUAAAGCAUGACACCCCGCGCCUGAGCAUGGGCGGGGAAGGGAUUGAGGUGGUGAGGGAGGUGAGGCUACUCGGACUUGUGAUCGACGAGAGCCUCACCUUCAACACCCACGUCAAAACCACAUGCGCAAAGGCCUACCGGAUAUUUCGGCAGUUGGCAAGAGCAGCCAAAAUCAGUUGGGGUUUGGACACAUCGAUCAUCAGGACAAUCUAUACUGCAGUGAUAGAACCGGUCCUGAUGUAUGCCGCGGGCGCUUGGGGGCAGGCAGUAAGUAAGAAAUGUGUGAAAGUGCAGUUAGACUCCAGGUCAGCCUUGGAAGACAUAGUGAGCGGCCGCUCCCUCAAUCCCCUUGUGGUGCAAACCAGAAUGACCUUCAAGAACCUCUCCAAAAGCAAAGAAGUGAGGCUCUUCUGGAUAAAGGCACAUGUAGGCCACAAGGGGAAUGAGAGAGCUGACCAGCUCGCUAAAGAGGCCGCAAAUGACAGAAAAAGAAAACCCGACUUUGACAAAUGUCCAGUCUCGACCAUUAAAAGACUAUUAAGGGCGGACUCGUUGGGACGGUGGGAGAAGGAAUACGACGGAGGGGCAAUAGCCUCAACCACCAAAAUCUUUCUCCCAACCGUCUCAACCGCGAAUAAACUAAUAAAAAAGAUAGGACUGGACAGCGAAUUAACACAGGCCCUAACGGGCCAUGGUGGUUUCGCUGCUUACCUCCACAGAUUUAACUGUAAGGAUGAUCCGUUUUGUGCCUGUGGAGGUGGUGACGAAACAAUAAUACACCUGUUGAUCCGCUGCCCAAUCCACGACAGCGACAGAACCGACUUGGAACACAGACUGGACAUUGACUUGACCGAGGACAGACUGUCGGAAGUUUUAAAAGAUGAUAAAGCGAGGCCUGUUCUUAUUAGUUAUAUGAAAAAAGUAGUACGUAUGGCAAACGCCAGGAACAAAUAA